AUGGAGUUCUUUAUAUUAUCUGCAUGUGACAGUUUAGGCAUUCGCAAAGUACUCGGCGCCGAUUUUCCAACUGAUGAGCACAUGGAAUUCAUCGAAUCGAUUAUGAAACAGAAGGACUUGGAAACGGCGUUGAAAGCCAACUCGGAGGCAGCGGAAGCGCUGGAAAAGGGUAUCGAGAAUCUUGUGACGGCGAGCGAAUUUUUCGUUCAGUUGAAGUCCGAAAUGGAAUGUGGCAGUUACAGAGGAGCAAGUAUCAGAAUAGAUAUGCAGGUUUCUACUCGUGUCAUGGAUGAUGCUCCGGAUUGCAAAUUGAACAUGCAACUCAGCACUACAUCCUGGGAAAAGAAACUGAAUAUGACGAUGGCUACGAGUGAGAAGUUGCUCGCUGAGCUUCAAAAUGCUCACCGCAUUUUGCGUGAAGAGAAAGCAAAUGAGUUGGAGGAAAACAACAAAUAA